UAAAAUCAGAUGAAAAUCCUUAAUUCUAGGCCCAUGAUGGGCCAUCAAACGGUCUAUGUUUGUUUAUGACUUCAACAGGAAAGACCAAAUCCUUUCCUAAUUUUCCUAUGGGAGAGUGGACAUGAAUUUCUUAAAAUGAAAUUGGAAUUAAGAUUGAAUUGACGAGUCAAAGAAUUUUGAGUUAAGACCCCUUCAAUGUCUGUUCUGACCUGUAUCGGACUAUCCAAUAUCCAUGAUGGAUGGAUGAUCCAAACCUAAAAAGAGACAGCGAUUCCUCUAAUCUCUCUGACUGGUCUUUCAUCUCCCCGUAUCCUAUACUUAGCCCAUAUUUAUAACAAGGUUCCUAUAUCUAACAUCUGCUGUGCUCUGUUCAGCCUCGUGCUCUUCGUAUUCCUCUGUUUUCCUUCUGUCAAAAAAGAAGAAACAAGUUUCUGUUUUUUUUUUGAGUCUUUGUAGUUCUUCAAUGGAGGGUGUUCAAUCCAAAGCUCCACAAGACCCAAGUUCCACAAAACCCAGAGGAGAAAAAAGUCUUAUGAUUGCCCAAGUUUCUCUAAGAUCAUUGGUGAUUAUAUGCACAUUGGCUGCAUCAUGCUUGAUCUUCACCAGCAAACAAACAACUAUAGUGUAUGGAAUACCGUUUGAUGCCAGCUACAGUUAUGAGCCUGCUUUCCAGUUCUUUGGAAUUGCAAAUGUUGCUGUAUGCGUUCUCUGUCUGCUAUCACUGGGCACUGUUUUCUUCCUUUCUCAUCGAUUGGCCAAUUUUUUCCUGUUUUUGCAUGAUUUGGUGGUCUUGACAGUGCUGAUGGCUGCUUGUGCUGGAUCCACUGCAGUUGGUCAGAUUGGUCGUAAUGGAAAUACCCACUCAUCUUGGAUGCCUAUAUGCGACCACUUUGCGAAGUUCUGCACCAGAGUCGCAACUUCUGUUGCUUUCUCUUACUUGGCUGUGUUGAUGUUCUUUGCUCUCACUGUGUUAUCUGCUCUUCGCAUACAAGCCAAGCCAAUAUGAAGCUCUUCAUCACUUUUUUUUAUUUUUUUUUUGGCUUCGGCAAAAGAAAUAAGCUUUUCGCACUUGGUACCGGUUGUUUAGUUUUUAUUAAGGAUGAUACUUCACUAUUGUAGAUUGUUUUUUCUUCUUUUCUUUAUUUCUUUUUUUUUUUUGGUUAUUUCAAUACACAUCUCUUAAUCCCCCUCCAAA